AUGAAGAUUACCAUACUCCUAAUUUGUCUUUUGGGAGCUGUCAUUGCUACACCAGUCUUGGAUAGAAGCAUCAUGAACUUCAACCAGAGUGAAGUGGAGUCAGACUCUUCACAAAGUUCGUCAGUAUCUGAAUCCUCUGAACAAAGUGACACAUCAGAACAGGAGAGCUCCCUGCAAAAUACCUCGGAGGACAGCACAUCAGAGUCCUUGGAGAAUGAGUCAGAGAACAAAACUUCCGUGGAGAGCAACAGCAGUUCAGAGGAAGGACACCUGGGCUGGAUUCGAGUGUACGCCAUCAAACUAAUCAGUGCCGAGGACAACAGCACUGCUGGGUCAACCAGUCAAUCAGAGGACACGGAAGAUCACAUUCACUCAAACGUUACUGAAAAGUCUACAAGCGAAGCUAGCGUUAGCAGUGAAAGCAGCGAUUCUAGUGAAAGCCAAGCUAGCAGCGAUAGCAGCGAUAGCAGCGAUAGCACCGAGGCUAAAAUCAGUACCGACACAAGCGGCAGCCGUAACGGCACUGACGCCAGCGACAGCUCUGACAUGAGUCACGGCAUUGACAGCACUGAAAGAGAGGAAACCGGUGGCAGCAGUCUGAGCAUCAGCAGCAGUGAGAGCAGCGAAACUAAAAGCGCUGAGAACGAUUCGAGUCAUUCCAGUGACUGUCAACGCGGGGCUAACAGUCAGGACUGUGACAGUGAAGAAUACUCCUUCCAAGACAUCGGGGAUGACGAAGGUGUCCACGAGCCUUCCAACGGAUUCCUCAUGCCAGAUGAAACCGAGAUGGAGCUCCAGUUACGGAGAUGA